AUGUCGAGUCUGACGAGGCAGCGGCAGCACAUCUGCCUGCCCGAGCUGACCAAGGAGGAGUUCGAGGAGGUGGCCGCCGGGCGGCAGGUCCGCAAGCAGGAGAGGCACGGCAAGCAGGGGUGGGGGUUCUCCGUCGAGGACGUGGACGCGCCGCCGUCCCUGGUCAUGGACGUCCUCGGCAACUUCGGGGACUAUGCGAACGUGAUCCCCGUAGUGCGGCAGGCGGACGUCGUCUCCAGACGCGUCUCCGCCGAAGGCGUCGAGCAGGUGCGCUGCAACUACAGGGUCUCCCGCUUCUGGCUGAGCGUGUCCGUCUUCCAGACGGCCCUCCCGGAGGACGGCCUCGUGCACUUCGAGCUGGACCCCUCCGUGGCGGGGUGCGUGCUGCAGGAGGCGGCCGGCUUCUGGCACGUGGCGCCCGCGCCCGGCGGCUCCGGCAGCCGCGUCUGGCUCUGCGUCGGCCUGCGCGCCCACGGCUGGCUGCCGACGCAGCUGGUGGACUACGCGGCGGAGAGGGCCCUCAGGCGGGCCACGGCGUGGCUGAAGCCGCACAUGCAGCGGGCGCUGCGGGACGGCCGGCGCGGCAGCAGCGCCACGCCCCCGCGCGCCCGCGGGCCCGAGGCCGCCGCCGCCGCGGCGCACCCGGCGCCGCUCCGCGCGCUCCGCGCGGCCUGA